CUCCUUCUUGUUUAACAAUAUUAUGUAAAUGUUUUGUUAGCGAGGAAGCUGUAUUUUUGUAUUCAAGACUAUGUCAUAACGUGUGCAAAUCACAUGCUUUCUCAUUGAAUGACUUUCCGAUACAGUCAGAAGCAGGGAAAGAGAAAAAGAGAUUCUUUGUGGGUCUCAAGAUGAGUUCAAGAAUUGAAGUCUUUGUGCUCUUGAUCUUGCUUUCGUUCCAAUUUUGUUCUGUAUCUGCGCAGACAAAUGGUUUCGAUGCUGAUGCUUUACAAUACCUGAAGAGUAGUUUGACCAUACCUCCUCGGAAUUGGAAAGGCUAUGAUCCUUGUGGAACCAAUUGGGUUGGAAUUGCAUGUGAAUAUGGCCGCGUUGUUAACAUAUCACUAGGCAACCUUAACUUGGAAGGAAAGCUUCCUGCCUUUAUUACGACGUUGUCUGAAUUGCAUACCCUGGAUUUGACAUCUAAUCCUAAUUUGACCGGACCGCUUCCACUAAAUAUCGGUAACCUUAAGGAGUUGACGAACUUAAAUCUUAUGGGAUGUGGUUUCAGUGGUCAAAUCCCUGAGUCCAUAGGAUCUCUAGAACAACUUGUAACACUCUCCUUGAAUUCAAAUAAAUUUAAUGGAACGAUUCCGGCUUCCAUUGGCCUGUUAUCGAAACUAUAUUGGUUUGAUAUAGCUGACAAUCAGAUAGAAGGAAAGCUUCCAGUUUCUGAUGGGGCUUCUUUACCUGGACUUGAUAUGCUUCUUCAAACUAAGCAUUUUCAUUUUGGAAAAAACAAGCUUUCUGGUGAUAUCCCUGAAAAGCUAUUCAGUGCCAACAUGACUUUAAAACAUUUGCUAUUCGAUGGAAACCUACUAACCGGUGAAAUCCCACAAAGCCUCAGCCUUGUUAAAACAUUGACGGUGUUACGCCUUGAUAGGAAUAGACUAAGUGGAGAAAUUCCUCCAAGUCUUAAUAAUCUCACAAAUCUUCAAGAACUGUACUUGUCCGACAACAAAUUUACCGGUAGUCUUCCAAGUUUAACCAGCUUGACCAGUCUCUCCACAUUAGCUGUCAGCAAUAACCGAUUAACUUCCUCACAAAUUUCAUCAUGGAUCUCAUUAUUACCGACUUCCUUGGCAACAUUAAGGAUGGCAGGGCUCCAACUUCAAGGUCCAAUACCAACCUCCCUCUUCAGUCUUCCUGAAUUGCAGACUGUUAUCCUAAAGCGUAACUGGCUAAACGAAACACUAGACUUCGGUACCAACAAGAGCCAAAACCUAGAUUUUGUGGAUUUACAAUAUAAUGACAUAACAGAGUAUAUUAAACAACCAGCUAAUAAAGGAAGCAGCAGGAUAGUAAUCUUGGCAAAUAAUCCAGUGUGCCCCGAGGUAGGGAACCCACCAAAUGAAUACUGCAUAGAAGUCGAACACAAUUCCUCAUAUUCUUCCCCUAAGAACACAUGUGGUCGUUGUAGUGGUGAGGACAGGGAACCCAUUCCCACCACGUGCCGUUGUGUGUAUCCAAUCACAGGAACACUCACUUUUAGGUCACCUUCCUUCUCAGGGUAUUCCAACAACGAUACAUUCGAGAACCUCAGGCUAAACCUAACUGGUUUCUUUGAGAAUAGAAAUUAUACAGUGGAUUCUGUGGCCAUAAGAAACAUAAGAGAAGAUGAAGAUGAUCAUUAUCUUCUAAUAGAUCUCUCUCUCUUUCCAUAUAAACAAGACAGAUUUAAUGAGACGGGAAUGGAUAGUGUUAUUUCCAGGUUUAGCACACAGACUUAUAAGCCUCCUAAUACCUUUGGCCCUUACAUAUUCAAAGCCAAUAAGUACAAUAAGUUCCCUGCAGGAGGUUCAAACUCGUCACACAUCAUUGGAGCUGUAGUUGGUUCUACUGUUUUUCUGUUAAUUCUAAUGAUAGCUGGGAUCUAUGCUCUUAAGCAAAAGAGAAGAGCAGAGAAAGCAAAUGAUCAAAUUAAUCCUUUUGGUAAGGACGUUUUACUAUCAGGGAAGACUGACAAAAUACUAAUAGCUUUUUUUUUGUAUGUUACAGCCAAGUGGGAUGCGAAUCAGAACAGUGUCGAUGCACCACAGCUUAUGGGAACAAAAGCAUUUACUUUUGAAGAGAUGAGGAAAUGUGCAAACAACUUUUCAGUGGCAAAUGAUGUCGGUGGUGGAGGUUAUGGCCAAGUAUACAAAGGGAUUCUUCCUUCUGGUCAACUCAUAGCAAUUAAAAGAGCUCAACCAGGAUCUUUGCAAGGAGCGUUGGAGUUUAAAACUGAGAUCGAGCUUCUUUCAAGGGUCCAUCAUAAAAAUGUUGUCAAACUCUUAGGCUUUUGCUUUGAUCGAGGAGAACAAAUGCUCGUCUACGAGUAUAUUCCAAAUGGUUCUCUUAGAGAUAGUCUAUCAGGGAAAAGUGGGAUUAGACUUGAUUGGACGAGAAGGCUUAGAAUAGCACUUGGUUCAGGGAAGGGUUUGGCUUAUCUUCAUGAGCUUGCAGAUCCUCCAAUUAUACACAGAGACGUUAAAUCAAGUAAUGUAUUACUUGAUGAAAGUUUAACUGCAAAAGUUGCUGAUUUUGGCUUAUCUCAACUUGUGGAAGAUGCUGAGAAAGCUAAUGUAACGGCACAAGUGAAGGGAACUAUGGGCUACUUGGAUCCUGAGUACUACAUGACGAAUCAAUUGACAGAGAAGAGCGAUGUAUAUGGGUUUGGGGUUAUGAUGCUUGAGCUACUGACUGGUAAGAUUCCUAUAGAGAAUGGAAAAUAUGUGGUGAAAGAGAUGAAGAUGAAGAUGAAUAAAUCGAAGAACUUGUAUGACCUACAAGAUUUUCUGGACACUACGAUCAGCGCAACGUCCAACAGGAAUCUUAAGGGAUUUGAAAAGUAUGUAGAUGUGGCUCUAAGAUGCGUAGAUCCAGAAGGAGUGAAGAGGCCAUCAAUGAAUGAGGUUGUGAAAGAGAUUGAGAACAUAAUGCAGUAUGCAGGAUUAAACCCUAACGUAGAAUCAUAUGCGAGUUCAAGAACGUAUGAUGAAGCAAGCAAAGAAUCUGGAGAUCUUUAUGGAAACAACUCUUUUGAGUAUAGUGCAAGUUUCCCAACUACAAACCUCGAACCUCAAUGA